UGGAUAAUAUGGAGUCGAAUAGUCAAUAUGCACGAAUGGACUACUGGGAUGAGAGGUUUCAAACUGAGAAGAAUUUUGAGUGGUUAAGUGGAUUGAAUGCUUUCCAACAUAUCAUAACUCCAUUGUUUUCUAAAGAUUCACGUAUUGCACACAUUGGCUGCGGAUCGAGUCAAGUUUCAAUGCAAUUAUGGGAACUGGGAUAUAGAAAUAUCACAAAUAUUGAUUAUUCACAGGUUCUAAUUGAAAAUGGAAGAUUAGAGUACCCGAAUAUGGAAUGGAUUUCUGAUGAUAUCACGACACUCAUAAAUUGUGAAUCAUCAUCGUUUGAUGUAGUUUUCGAAAAAGCAACAAUCGAAGCUAUUUUGGUGACUGAAAAAAGUGCAUGGGAACCGUCAGACUCGGCUCUUCACAAUCUCGAGAACAUUUUUUCAUCGAUCUGUCGAGUUCUGAAACCAAAUGGAAUUUUCAUAUCAGUUUCAUUCACACAGCCACAUUUCCGGAUUCCUGCAUUACUUCGAGAGAAAAAUUGGUCGGUGGAGAUGUUUGAAUUUGGAGACACGUUCCAUUAUUAUGUGUACGUGUGCCGAAAGGGAAACAGUUUGAACAAGGAGCUAGCCGACAGAUAUAGUUCAAUUGCAAAGUCUUGGUUAAGACCCAUUUAGAAACUUCUUCUCCUAAUUUCCGUGUUGUUGAAUUUCUGAUACUUUUUUGUUAUUACUGUUAUGCAAUAAAUAAAAUUUUAUUU